GCGGAGUUGGGAGGUGUGGCGUCGUUGCUGCCACUGCACAGUGCGGUGGCUACGGCGAGGAUGACGUCGUGCCUGAGCUCAUCGUAGGAGUUCUCGGGCUCUUUCUCAGGGUACACUCUGCUGCACUUCUCCAGAUCUCUAUUUAGUAUAUCUUUUUUCAGACGUUAAUCCAUUGACUGCGAGAAAAAAAGAAGCAGAAACAUGGCAAGAGAAGGCCCUAAUUGGGAAGGAUUGCUUAAGUGGAGUCUUUCCCACGCCGACGGUACUAACACUUCUCGCAGUUUGAGUGAGGAGGAUAGAAGAUGGUUUAUGGAGGCGAUGCAAGGGCAGACAAUUGAUGUUAUUAAGCGAAUGAAGGAGAUAACACUUGUUAUGAAGACCCCUGAGCAGGUUUUGGAGUCUCAGGGGGUGACUCCUCAAGAUAUUGAAGAUAUGUUGGAUGAGCUACAAGAACAUGUGGAAUCCAUCGACAAUGCUAAUGAUCUUCACUCCAUUGGUGGUCUUGCUCCUCUCCUCGACUACCUUAGAAAUCCACAUGCUAACAUUAGGGCAAAAGCAGCCGACGUUGUUAGCACGGUCGUGCAGAACAAUCCCAGGAGUCAACAGCUGGUAAUGGAAGCUAAUGGUAUGGAGCCGCUGCUGUCCAAUUUUACUUCUGAUCCAGAUGUUGGAGUGCGUACCAAAGCGCUCGGGGCAAUCUCUUCUCUGAUUAGGCAUAACAAGCCUGGAAUUGCUGCAUUCCGGUUGGCUAACGGUUACGCCGCGCUAAGAGAUGCUUUGGGCUCCGAGAGUGUGAGAUUUCAAAGGAAAGCCCUGAACUUGAUCCAUUAUCUACUUAGUGAGAAUCAUUCAGACAUUAACGUCAUAUCCGAACUCGGCUUUCCUCGCAUCAUGAUGCACCUUGCAUCAAGUGAGGAUUCUGAUGUGCGCGAAGCUGCACUAAGGAGCCUUCUCGAUCUAGCUCGGGACAGAUCAGAGAAGCCCGAUACUCCAAAUGAAGAUGAUGACAAACUGAAGCAGAUUCUACAAGACAGGAUCAAAGGGAUCAGUGAGAUGUCUCUUGAAGACCUAGGAGCCGCGAAAGAGGAAAUGGAGCUUGUGGACUCUCUUUGGAAAGCCUGUCACAACGAACCAUCACCUCUUUUCGAGCAGGGUCUUCUAUCACUCCCUGGAGAAGACGCUCCGCCUCCAGAUGUAGCGAGCCAGUAUUUCCAGCCGCCUCUUAGAGCUUGGGCUGCAAACAGAAAUCCUGAUCCAAAACCAGAGAACGAGAAGAAGGAAGCGCCGUUGUUGUUAGGCCCCGGACCCUCAGCUUGAAUUAGUUUGUGCUGGACGGGUGCAGAUAUAUCACUGCAGUGUUAGUUUUUGUCGAGAUGUUCAGCGCAAUUAUGCACCAAAAUCAUAUUAUUUGUGGGUAAGUCCAAGAUCUUGUUCUAUAUUUGUACUUUCCAUAUAUUCCAAAAGUACAAAACUUUUUAUCUUUA